AUUGCCCGAUGAUAGCUGGGAUAGGCUCCAGCACGCCCGCGACCCGCGUGAGGAGAAGCAGCUCAGAAAAUGGAUGGAUGGAUGGAUGUUGUAGGACAAUAUCCAUGUGGCCAUGUGGUCAUGCAGCAUUUGUGCUUUUAGGCGACCCUGAUUAUUUCUCAGGCAUUCUCCGCGGGCACCUGGGUGGCUGUUAGCAGAGGUGGGGGCCUCUGUGCUAGCAGCGGCUACUUUGUCGCCGAUUAGGCUCAAGGUGCAAAUGUCGUCGUCGCCGCUCCACAAGACGAAGACGAAGACGAAGCUGAAGCUGUCACGUAGCUAGAGCAAGGAGUGCCCACGGAGGCCGACGCCGGCGACUCACCGAUGACGAAACGUUGACGUGGCGCCUUGUUCUUCUCGCUUCUCCCGCGCACGCAAAUGCACGGUGGACUGGAGAAAUGGGGCUCCGGAUCCGCCAACUGCCCCACACCCGCAGAGUUGGACGCUUUUGCUGAGAAAGUCGGCGGUCGCCCGCUCAGCAUCGCCGUCGAUUCCAACAGCGUCAACGUCCCGCAGAGGAAGCAGGUUCGCCGCACCACCGCCUACUCCACCGGCCACCGACAGCCACCCAAUCCCGCACCCGUUCGACUGGGCGGCAGCCUUUUGGCCGUCCUCCCCGGGCCCGCUAGACAAUUGCUCUCGAGCUGCAACCGCUACCUCCACAGAGCCGCCAUGAACCGGUACGCCGCCCACAAGGAGGUGCCUUUUCAGCUGACUGAGGCCGCCCCCUCGCGCCAAUCCCACGGGCUGCUGCCUGCGCAGCAGAGACUCGCUCACAACCCGCAACAGCAUCACGGCGUGGCGCCACCGGAUGUCGCUCACAUGCACAUGCUCAAGCAUCAGACGCCGCCCGCACCUCACAGCCUACUGGGCGCCGCCCCGCCGCACCUGUGCCGCAUGUCGGAAGCAAGUCUGCAAUUACACGGCCAGAGGCUCGCUGGCUCGCAGAUCCUCCCCCAGGCCCUCGGCGCUGUGUCCAGCGGUCUUCAUCCAGCGCACCCCCAGGCCCCGGGCACCGUACCCUGCGGCUUCCAGUCCCAGACUCCGGGAGCCAUGUCCGGUGGCCUCCAGCAGGCUCCUCCGGGGGCUUACGGACCCCGCAAGCUCCCAGACUCUGAUGCGCCUCCGAAUGUAACUGUAUCUACCUCCACCAUCCCGCUGUCCAUGGCCGCCAGCUUGCAACACCGGGGGGGCGACCUGAGCAGCAUCGUGCACCAAAUCAAUCAACUAUGUCAGGCCCGCGCCGGGGUGGGCACCACCUCCGUCUGCGAGGGCCAGAUCGCCAAUCCCAGCCCCAUCAGCCGGAACCUGCUCAUCAACGCCAGCUCCAGGGUGUCCGCGCCGGGGCUGGGCUCCGGGGCCAGCUGCCCUGCGGCUGGACCGCCCGACAAACCCCCGGCGCUGCCCCCUGCCGCCGCUAUCCAAUCGCAGCUCUGUCCGUCAGUUGCUAACGGCGUUGCCGCUUUCCCCGCGAAUGCCGUCCAUGUUCGCCAGCAGCGUGUCUGGACCCAACAUCAGCUGAGCCACCUGCAGCUGCCCCCCGAGGGGUUGCCCCCCUGCAAGAACCCCCGCUCGGACCCGCCGGCGGAGUGCACCUUUCCCGCCCGGACCUUCAGCUACCUCUGCAAGCUGGCCCAAGCGGACCCGCCCGGUCCGCUGUCCCCCGUCCCCCCCCCUGGGGCUUACGCCGACAGAAAUUAUGUGCACCCGCCGUGGGGCAGAACCGAGGUCCUGGAGGGCUUCCAGGCGGGCCGCGUCAUAGGAGGAAAGUACCGACCGGGCAAAGAAAGUCUUCCCGGACGUUCUGAGACGGUGUACGACGUGGACUUCCUGGGGCCACGGGACUUUGUGAUGGGGGGCUUUCGGGAGCCCGACGUGGACUCGAUGGAGAGGUCGGCCGCGGGUCCGCCUCAGGACACCGGUCGCGCUCUUCAUCCCGCAUACUGAUAAACGCACGAGCGGUCACCGGGCGGACGUUUUCUCAGGUCUUGUGUGCAUGCGUGUGCCACAUCAAGUGGAAAAUUUGAACUUUGGAUGUUUUUAGAGAGCGCAAACGUUUGUCGUCAGCACUCAGAAGCGCAAAUGUCGCGUUGUGAUGGACUCGUGAUGUCUGACAGCUGCCAUCUUGCUGCAAGGGUGAUAAAUACUUGAAGGGCGGCCAUCUUGGACAUUCCGAUUCAUCGCGGUGCAGUGGGCGGAGUCUCACACUGACAGCUGGACAUUUGAUCGGUCAGGUUCAAGCUGCUUGUAAUGUGACUGUGCGUGUCUGCUGAGGUCAUGUGACAGGAAACGCGUCGCAAUAUCCUGUUCUGCUUUGGUGAGUUCAAAAUAGUUUUGUCGGCACCUUAGCUUUAGCGGCUCUUUUGUCGAGGCCACUCGCGCCUUGCUAACGAGUUCCAGAUUUCGACUUCCUGCCGUAGCAUGUUGGCCGAGCCUUUCCGUGGAUGCACAUGAUUUCUGUAAGUGUGUUUUUUCAAGGUAAGACAUUUGCAAACAAUCAACAUGUUCUGACAGAUGUUAUGCACCGAACCAGAAACGAAUCAUCAAUUUGUCAAUUUGAAAUAAUGUCCUGAUUUGUAAUAGUGAUGGAAAUAAAAAAAUGUUUGAAUCCAA